AUUAUCGUACAAUUAUCUUUAUAAGAUUAUCAGCACGGUUUACGAACGAGAGGUGUUGAGCGGCUUCGACCGGGAUCCCAAAUUUAGUAUCCGUCCGUUCAGUUAGGCAUACGGUUCUACCUUCAAAACCUGGUUACGCCAGGAAUUCGCAAUCGCACAGAAAAAAUCUUGUUUAAUUGCGUGUGAUAAAAGAUUUAUAGACCCCGAGCACAAGUAGCUUUAUCAAAUACUCGUUCGCUACUUUAUCGCAAUGAACGACGAUAUAAAAACUGUGACGGUUUACCCAACAACAUUGGAAUUAACGACCCCAACAAAACCAGCGAAUGGCAGUAACGAUGAUUACGAUCCUCAUCAGCACCGCAAUGUUAAGAAUCCCACAACAAACUGGCAAACAUUUGCCCAUUUUCUCAAGGCUUCAGUGGGCACAGGAGUUUUGGCCAUGCCCAGUGCAUUUUCUCAUGCGGGAUAUGUAAAUGGAACCAUUCUCACACUGAUCAUCGGAUCACUGGCCCUGUAUUGUCUGCAUAUUUUGAUCAGUUGCAUGUACAAAUUGUGCAAACAACAAAGAGUUCCCUAUGUCAGCUUUUCACAGGCCAUGAAGUUGGGUCUAAAACAAGGUCCACCCUGGCUGCGUUGUUUAGCACCCAUUGCAAUACCCUUUGUAGAUGGUUUCCUGGCCUUCUAUCAUUUUGGCAUCUGCUGCGUCUAUGUGGUUUUCAUAGCUGAAAGCAUAAAGCAGCUGGUGAACGAGUGGACUGGGGUGGAAUGGGAUGUCCGUUUAUACAUGUGCAUAAUUAUAGUUCCACUCCUGCUGAUAUACAGCAUCAAGAAUUUAAAACUACUGGCGCCCUUUUCCAGUGCAGCAAAUCUUCUAUUACUCGUGGGUUUUGGUAUCAUUUUGUACUACUUAUUUGGGGAAUUACCUCCUUUAAGUGAACGAGAACCUUUUGUGGCCGUCACAAAGCUGCCAACAUUCUUUGGCACAGUACUUUUUGCAUUGGAAGCUGUGGGUGUUAUUUUAGCGAUUGAGGAAAAUAUGGCCACGCCCAGGGCCUUUGUGCGCCCCUGUGGAAUUAUGAACGGUGGAAUGUCCAUAGUGCUGGGCUUAUAUGUACUCCUUGGCUUCUUUGGUUACUGGAAAUAUGGCGAUGAGGCCUUGGGCAGCAUUACCCUAAAUAUUCCGCAGUCUGAUAUACCCGCUCAGGUGGUUAAAGUAUUCUUUGCCAUCACUACCUGGAUUUCGUAUGCCUUGCAGGGCUAUGUUACAGCCCAUAUUCUGUGGGAUAAAUACUUGUCCAAGCACUUUAAGGAAUCCAGGCAUACACUUUAUGAACUGAUCUUUAGAGCUCUUAUUGUGCUGCUGACUUUUGCCUGUGCAGUUGCCAUUCCGGAUCUAUCGGUCUUCCUUUCGCUGGUGGGAUCCUUUUGCCUGUCGAUCCUGGGGCUUAUAUUUCCGGCUUUACUCCAGAUCUGUGUGCAAUAUACCGAAGGCUAUGGACCAUUCCGUAUAAAAUUGAUCAUCAAUAUGCUGCUGUUGUGCUUUGGUAUUUUUGGCGGUGUUGUGGGUACUUAUGUUAGCAUUGUAGACAUCAUUGCGGUUUACAAAUAAAUUUCGAACUUUAAAUUGUUGAAUAAA